AUGAGACAGCUGAAUGUUGGCACGGUACAGCAAAAUGUUGGCAUGAGACAGCUAAAUGUUGGCAUGAGACAGCUAAAUGUUGCUAAAUGUUGGUAUGGGACAGCAAAUGUUGGCAUGGGACAGCUAAAUGUUGGCAUGAGACAGCUGAAUGUUGGCAUGAGACAGCUAAAUGCUGGCAUGGGACAGCUAAAUGUUGGUAUGUGGCAACUCAAUGUUUACCUCUGGUAA